CGAAUUCUGGUCCUCUAAUUAUACCAUGGGAUGAAGACCAGCAACCACAUCCUAAGUCAGCCGUCCUCUCUCGUUUCCGCGAGAACGCUGUUUUUCCCUCACAGACCACACACCCUUGCGCGAACUACGUUUGGCAGGCGCGCUGCGAAAUUAUUAAUGAAGGGAUUCCCUCUGUUCACAAGUUAGCGCUCUCCGCGGACGGCUCUUUGCUAGUCAUGUCCGGUGCAACAGGUUGGAAGAACCGCGACCCGGUUGUGUACUACUGGCCGGGAGGUACGGAGGACCUCGACAUCAAGAGCCUGAACCCUCCACUUGCGCACCUCAUCCAGGAUAUUGUCCUCGACGACGCGCGCCAGCUGCUCUUCGUCGCAGACUUUGAUCGUAUCAAGUCCUACAGCUUCGCGCCUGCCACGCGCAAGCGCGCGGUACAUACCCUGAAGGCAGACACGCACACCGGGCCUCUCACCGUCCUGCCGAACGGACGUAUCUUGCGCGCGGGUGUGGGCUCCGCGCUCGUGUGGAAUGUCGACGAGCUCGAGACGCACUAUCCCGGCGAGGGCAAGGAGUAUACUAAGAUCGGCGAAGGCACUUACAAGGGCUUUGAGAACAGUUGGCGCGAAGAGGACUGCAAGAAGGAAAAGUCCAUCGGCAGCACGGCACACACUACGCUGACAUUCGCCGAGAGCGGGUACACGCCCGGAAUAUGGCGCCUGCACGCUCCGUCGGGAAAUAUGCUCUGCGCCGAGGACACGAGGGAGGUCGAUCGCUUCGAGUGCGUCUCGCUCGACCUCGAGCAUGGCGGCAAGGUUGCAGCACGGUAUCUCGGCCAUGCUGCACAAGUUGAACAAAUUUCGACGAGUGCCGAAGAGCCCAAUACUUUCCUGACCGCCUGCGAGGACGGUCACGCGCGGCUGUACGAUAUGCGAGAGCCGCUACCCACCUUGACGAUAGACGGAGAGGCGCAGAAUGGCCCCAUGGACGCGGCGUUGUUCGUGCACAUCGACGGGCUGCCCGCGGUUUUUACUGGCGGCACAACCACUCAAAGCAUCAGGCUCUGGGACAUCCGUGCCAAGAAGGUUGUCUACGAGCUCUCUACUGGCAACAACCACGUACGCUCGCUAGCGUGGAGUGCAACGGACACGACACUCUAUGCAUCUACCAUGUGUGAGUACGCGGACCGCAUGGGUGGCCUGCACGGGUACCGCAAGGCGCGUAUUCCGAAACGCAAGAAGCCUGAAUCCGAGCAGGCGGACGAGGACGAGGACGAGGAAAUGGACGUCGUGGACGAGGACGAUGAUGAUGAAUAUGAGGAUGAGGAUGACAACUCCGAUCCGGACUUGAUGGAGUACUAUGAUACAGUGAGGUGGCCGAAACAGGCGUACCACCUCGAGGAUUUCUUCGGGGAAGUGUUUGAUUGUGGUUCGGAUGCGUUGUGUGAGUCUUCAUCGCCGUGUUUGGGCUGA